AUGUCGAAUCCAGUUCGACUUCGUGAUUUAAUAAGACAAAUACGUUCAGCUAAAACAGCAGCUGAAGAACGUGCAGUUGUACAAAAAGAAUGUGCUUAUAUAAGAGAUUCAUUUCGUGAUGAAGAUAAUACAUGGCGAUGUCGAAAUGUAGCUAAAUUACUUUAUGUUUCAUUACUUGGUUAUCCAGCACAUUUUGGACAACUUGAAUGUUUGAAAUUAAUUGCAUCAACACGUUUUACAGAUAAACGUAUUGGUUAUUUAGGAGCUAUGUUAUUACUUGAUGAACGACAAGAUAUUCAUGUACUUAUUACAAAUUCAUUGAAAAAUGAUCUGAAUCAUUCAAAUCAAUAUAUAACCGGUUUAGCAUUAUGUGCAUUAGGUACAAUUUGUUCACCUGAAAUGAGUCGUGAUUUGGGUGGUGAAGUUGAAAGAUUAAUGAAAUCCACAAAUCCAUAUUUAAAGAAAAAAGCUGUUCUAUGCGCUGUUCGUAUAAUACGAAAAGUUCCUGAACAAUUUGAUGUUUUUCAAAAUUCAGUUCGAAGUUUACUAACGGAAAAAAAUCAUGGUGUUCUUCUUACUGCAACGUCUCUUGUUACUGAAAUGUGUCAACAAAAUACUCAAGCAUUACAAAGCUUUCGAAAAUUAGUACCAAAUCUUGUUCGUAUUCUUAAAACUUUAAUUAUGUCUGGAUAUAGUCCAGAACAUGAUGUAUCAGGAAUAAGUGAUCCAUUUUUACAAGUACAUCUUUUACGUUUAUUACGCAUAUUAGGUCGAAAUGAUAGUGAAGCAAGUGAAGCUAUGAAUGAUAUUCUUGCUCAAGUAUCAACAAAUACAGAAAAUAGCAAAAACGUUGGAAAUGCUAUUUUAUAUGAAACUGUUUUAACAAUUAUGGAUAUUAAAUCAGAAUCUGGAUUGAGAGUUUUAGCUGUGAAUAUUUUGGGUCGAUUUUUAUUAAAUAAUGAUAAAAAUAUUCGUUAUGUUGCAUUAAAUACACUAUUACGUGUAGUACAUGUUGAUCAUAAUGCUGUACAAAGACAUCGAGCAACAAUUGUUGAAUGUCUUAAAGAUGCUGAUGUAUCAAUUAAACGUCGUGCCAUGGAAUUAUGUUUUGCACUAAUUAAUUCAAAUAAUAUACGAACAAUGACAAAUGAAAUGUUAGAAUUUCUUGGAACAUGUGAAGCAGAAUUUAAAGCAGAUUGUACAUCAAAUAUGUUUUUAGCUAUGGAACGUUUUGCAUCAUCAAAACGAUGGCAUGUCGAUCAAAUGAUUAAAGUUCUUACUACUGCUGGAAAUUCUGUUCGUGAUGAUAUUGUAUCAAGUUUAAUUGGUAUUAUAUCAUCAUCACCUGAUCUUCAUGGCUAUACAGCACAUCAAUUAUAUAAAAUAAUUCGAAAUGAUAUUACUCAACAACCACUUGUUCAAGUAGCAUCAUGGACAUUAGGUGAGUUUGGUGAUUUAUUUGUUAAUAGACAAUAUGAACAACCAAAUGAUGGAGAAAAUCUUCAAGUUACAGAAAAUGAAAUAGUUGAUAUAUUAGAACGAGUAUUGAAUUGGUCAAUAAGUACAGUUGUUACACGUGAAUAUGCCAUUAAUGCAUUAAUGAAAUUAAGUACACGUUUUCCACGUUGUUCAGAUCGAAUACAAUCUAUAAUGACAUACUAUGCAUGUAAUAUGAACCUAGAAUUACAAACACGUGCUGUUGAAUAUACAUCGCUUUUUACUAAACAUAAUAUUAUCAGACCAAGUAUUGUUGAACGUAUGCCAGUUCUUAUCAGUAAUCAAUCAUCAAAUACAAAUACUAAUGAACAGCAAGAACAAAUAUAUAAUCAAGAAGAAAAUACAUCAAACGAUAGACAAAUAAAUCAUACGCCAUCGAAUGAGCCUGGCGUUGAUUUAUUGAAAUUUCUUGAUGAACCUCUUCAAACAAAUGGAUCUAUUCAUCCUCAUGAACAACAACAACAAAAACCUUUAUCAUCAAAUCCACUUACAGAUUUAACUUUCGGUGAUGAUAUAUCACAUAAUCAUUCGAAUAAUAUUAUUCCACCAAUGAUAGCAUUAGAUAAAAAUGGUUUACGUAUUGUAUUUACAUUUGAACGAGAAGAUACAAUAUUAACAAUUCAUUCUAAAGCAACAAAUACUACACGAUAUCCAAUAACAAAUUUUAUAUUUAAAGCAGCUGUACCAAAAACAUUUACUAUUGAAUUAUAUCCACCAGAUAAUACAGCAAUACCAGCAAAUAAUUCUGGAGAAAUUAAUCAAAUAAUAAAAAUUUUAAAUCCGAAUAAAGAAAAACUUCGUAUGAGAAUUAAACUUAAUUAUUUCUUUAAUAAUUCAUCAAUGAGUGAUGAAGCUGAGUUAAAUACAUUUCCUGAACAGUGUUAUAAUUAA